AUGUUUUCGGUCACAUACGGUGCAGAAGUGAUUAUGAUAGUGCUCCCCAGCCAAGAACUAUUGAAUUUGCAAGACUGGAAAUAUCAUAAGACCGAAGGAUUAGUUCCUAGAAGAGCAUCCACCCGCCCGCCGCCCACGUCCCGCCUCUCGCUCGGCGCUCGAGGAGGAGACGACGACAACGAGGAGGAGACGACGACAACGAGGAGGAGACGACGACAACGAGGAGGAGACGACGAGGAGGAGACGACGAGGAGGAGACGACGAGGAGGAGACGACGAGGAGGAGACGACGAAGAGGAGACGACGAGGAGGAGACGACGAAGAGGAGACGACGAAGAGGAGACGACGAAGAGGAGACGACGAAGACGAGACGACGAAGACGAGACGACGAAGAGGAGACGACGAAGACGAGACGACGAAGACGAGACGACGAAGACGAGACGACGAAGACGAGACGACGACGACGGAAGCGCAACAGCAAGACGAGACGCGAGCGAACGACGAAGACCGAACAGAAGACCGAGGACGACAGACCAGACCCGACGAAGGAGAGACGACGGUUCAGGGCGCCCGCCGUGGAUUAAGAAUGACGUCGGAUACACGCGGACCCGCCGUCCCGCUGCAUUUGCGGUGGCGAGGCGCGGCCGGGCAGCGUCCCGGCAGAAAGGAGGGAGGGCAGGGGUGCAAGAGAUCUGGCCAGAUACAGCUGUGGCAGUUUCUCCUAGAGCUCCUGUCAGACUCCUCGAAUGCCAACUGCAUCACGUGGGAGGGCACGAAUGGAGAAUUCAAACUCACCGACCCCGACGAAGUGGCCCGCCGCUGGGGAGAGAGAAAAUCUAAGCCCAACAUGAAUUACGACAAAUUGAGCCGCGCGCUCAGUUUCAUGAAACAAUAA